UCAGCUCGAGCAGGCUGACGAGAUCUCGCAGACAGAGCGGAGUCUCCGGGAGUCGCAGACCGUACCAUUCGGCGUCAGAGAGAGGGGGGGACACGACGAUUCCGAGCCGCCAUGACCGAGCCGGCGGCGCCCCGCGCGGCCUCCCCCAGGGAAGAAGGCGAGCUCGAAGACGGGGAGCUCAGCGACGACAGCGUCCGCCCGGAGAGCCCCAAGCCCGUCAGACCGAGAGCGGCGAACCGCGGCCCCCCCGCCGGCUACCCUCACCGGCCCCGCCCGCCCCGGCCGCCGCCGCACGGUUACCGGUUACCCAAGGAGCAGUAUCGGCCGCCGCCGCCCCGCAUGCAGCCCCAGCCCGGGGACGGCGGCCAGAGGCCCUCGUUCUGGGAGCGCAGCCAUGGCACGCUGGGCCGCUUCCGCUCCAGGCCGGGCUGGGUGGGCCGGGGCCUCGGGGGCCGCUUCUCUGAGAGGAACUGGGGGGACCGGGCGGGGAGAGGCGGCGGCCAGAGACCGAGCAGCUCCAACUGGCCGGAACCCUCCCCCAGAAAGAAUAAGAAUUUUGUGAGGUCUCCACUCAGGAAAUCUGCUCACCCUCAAAGAAACGAGAACUGUGAAGAAGAGAGCUUCGAAGAUCUGCUUUUAAAGUAUAAGCAGAUAAAGCUUGAACUUGAAUCCAUUAACAAGGAUGAGAAACUAGCUCUGAACAUACAAGAAAAUAAUAAAGAAGCUGAGAGUGUAGUUACUACCACGACAGAGACAAAUAAUAAAAAAGAAGAAAAAAGUAUUGUAGUUGGUAAUGUAACAGUUCCUCCCCCACAAACUGAGGAAAAAGUGGAGAAGCCUCCAGUGAAGGUUUUUCAAGCUUUUGAAAUCAAACCUUUGAAGCAAAAGCUGAAAAUUAUUCCCCAACAAAAGAAACAGAAUAUUGUCGAAGAAACCGAGCAGAAGAAAGAUGAUGUUGAAGAAACCACCAAUGAAACUCCCAAGCCAGAACCAGUUAAUAAUGAACAGGGAGAUUCCUGUGACAGCAACACUACAGAUGAAACAAACCAAAAACCAGUCGAGGAGGAGGAAGAGUUGUCAGAGCUCCACUUGCGACUUCUGGCUCUGCAGUCUGCAAGUAAGAAAUGGCAGCAAAAAGAACACUUGGUAAUGAAGGAAAGCAAGAAGAAACUAACCGAACCCAAGGCUGAGCUACCAAAAGAGAAUAGUACCACAAAUUCACACUUAACACGGAAAACCAACUGUGCAGCAUAUGCAGCCAAACAGGCACUCCGAAGGCAACAGACAAAAGCCUGGAAAAAAUUGCAACAACAGAAAGCUGAAGAAAAGAAAGAGGAGGAGGAUAAAAAGAAGAAAGCAGAAGAAGAGGAAAGAAGAAAACGAGAAGAGGAGAUCCGAAAGAUCAGGGACCUUUCAAAUCAAGAAGAACAAUACAACAGAUUUAUGAAACUUGUAGGGGAGAAGACCAAACGUAGCAAGUCUUCAGACGCAGAUCAGAGACGAUCCGAAAAGCAGGAAAGUGCAGGAGGCAUUUACCAGUAUGAUAACUAUGAAGAAGUUGCAAUGGACACGGAUAGUGAAACAAAUUCUCCAGGUGCAUCUCCUACAAGGGUUCCUUUUACCACUAAUCUGAUGGGUGGAUUGCCAUCGGCGUUGUGUGUUCCGGAGGAUUGCCCUUCUUCAGUGUGGCCUCCUCAGAAGACAGACUUUGAAUUUUAUGAAGAUGCUGUCUCCAGAGCGUCCCCUGAAACGUUGCUUCCACCUCCCCCACUGCCACCUGAAGAGCCAGAACAGCCACCAAAACCUCCAUUUGCAGAUGAGGAAGAGGAGGAAGAGAUGCUGCUACGUGAAGAGCUACUGAAAUCAUUAGCUACUAAAAGGGUGUACAAACCGGAGGAACCUACGAACAACAGUCGACCUCCGUCCCCACCUGCUCUUAGUAAUAUUAUGCCUGUACCAAGGAUCACUUUAACAUCCUCUAGUCUUAACAGUAGCUCUCAUCGCAAACCAACUACUCAGAUUGUUCGAGUGCUGAGACCUAUCCGACGUGUAAUAAAGCUUCCAAAACACAAAUCCGUAGUCGUGACCUUAAAUGCAUCAGAUGACAGCGAAUCGGAUGGGGAGCUAUCCAGUACAAAUUUUAGUGUUUUUGGGGGCCUUGAAUCUAUGAUCAAAGAAGCAAGAAGAACAGCUGAGGCAUCAAAACCAAAACCACAACCUCAAUCUGAAAAAGAAAAUGAUCCCAUGCGAACCCCAGAGGCGUUACCAGAGGAUAAAAAAAUGGAGUACAGGCUGCUAAAAGAAGAAAUUGCCAGUCGUGAAAAACAUAAACUUCUAAAGUCAGAACAGUCAAGAGCAAGUGCGUCACCAACAAACUCGGACAUGGAGAUGGAAGCGAAUAGAAGCCCAGUCAUAAGUUCAAAAGUCACAGAAGCCGAAGCAAAGCAUAAGAAACAAACGAUGCUGCUAAUAAAGGAUGAAUCGGUCUUAAGGAAUCUUUUGGAACAAGAGGGAAGGAAAAAAGAAUCCAUCAAAACAGCAGAAUUAAAGAUCACCAGACUGACUGAGCAACUGCAAGCAACUGAGAAGUUCCUAAAUGCAAAUAGAUUAUUUCUGAAGAAACUCCAAGAACAGAUUACUAAAGUUCAACACCGAGUAAAAGAAAAAAGAACCCUUGCACUAAAGUUUGGUGAAGAACUUGCUCGCGCCAAAGCACUAGCUAGUCAGGAACUAGGGAAACGAAAGUUGGAACACCACAGCAUUGGAGCCAACAAAAUGUUUAAAUCGGACACUGGCACUUUGGCCAGCCCUAAAAAGCAAAAUGCAGAAGCAAUUGCGUUGGAGAAGAAGCGGCUGCAGGAAUUAGAGCAGGAAUAUGCCCUCAAGAUUCAAAAGCUGAAAGAAAUGCAAGCUCGCAAUAUCAAAGAACCUGCUGUGCUCACACCCCCUGUGUUAGAGCAGCCUGAGUUUGUUCUUCCACAGCCUUCACUUCAUGACCUUUCUCAGGACAAAAUAACGCUUGACACAGAGGAAAAUGACAUUGAGGAUGAAGUUUUAUCACCCUCUGUUAAACAGAGGCGGAGAUCAUUCAGAGACUCUAACUCUUUCACUAAGCCCAACUUGAAGCACAGUGAAGCUACACCCAACAAAGAGGGAGUUAACAAACCAUCCAAGAUGUCUACAGAGGGACCAGAACUUUUCUUAGGGUUGAAUAUUGAGCAAUUAAAAAUACUUCAUUCCUGUUCUGAUAACUUGAAAGAUCUAUUUUCACAAGGCACUGGAUUAAUGUUGUCUCAGGAAAAACUCGUCUCAGGGAAGGAAAUACCUGCGGAUGUGGAUUUAGUUACAGCACAAACAAAACAGAUGGAUACCAGGCCCUUGCCCUUUGGACCAUAUAGAAGUCCCCUUCUGGUUUUUAAAUCCUACAGGUUUAGUCCAUAUUUUCGAACAAAAGAAAAGCUGCUAUUGAGUUCUGUGUCUUACAGUAACAUGAUUGAGCCUAAAAUGUUCUUCUGCCAUUUUGACUUGACCGGCACGUGUAACGAUGAUGAUUGCCAGUGGCAGCACAUGCGUGAUUGUACGCUUAGCAGACACCAACUGUUUCAAGAUAUAUUGUCCUACAACUUGCACCUUAUUGGCUGCACAGAAAAAAGCACAGAUGAGGAGAUUAGCAUUGCUACUGAAAAGUAUGUUGACAAACUCUUUGGUGUCAAUCUUGAUCGCAUGUCAAUGGACCAGAUGUCUGUUUUGCUUGUUAGUUAUGUCAAUGAAAGCAGAAAUCACACACCACCUCACACUACAUGUAAAGAGAAGAGAAAAUGGAGACCAAUGUAUUGGAAAAAGCCAGUAUCAGAUGUUGGCACUAGUGAUGAUGAGGAGACGUCAAAAAUAAUAAAUUCUGCGCAUACAACAAAGCCCCCCAAAACUGUGCCUGUUCAAGAUGCUGUUGUAACUCCAGAAGAUGUUCGUUAUUUCACAAAUGAGACAGAUGACAUUGCCAAUCUAGAAGCUAGUGUACUUGAAAACACUCAUGACAUACAAUUGUGGAUCAAGUUGGCAUUCAAGUAUUUAAAUCAGAAUGAAUGCACCCCUUCUGAGUGUUUAGAUUCAGCAUUGAACGUUCUGUCCCGAGCCCUGGAAUAUAAUAGAGGAAAUUCGGAAAUCUGGUGUCAUUACCUCAAACUCUUCUCCAAAAGGGGAACCAAGGAAGAAUGUCAGGAGAUGUGCGAGACUGCUGUAGAAUAUGCCCCUUCAUAUCAAGUUUGGUGGACUUACUUGACCUUGGAGUGUUCCUUUAAUGGAAAGGAUUCAGUGUGCAGUAAAAUAUUGCAGUAUCUCAUGUGGAGACUGGAGGAAGAAAAGGAAUCAGAACAGCUAUCUCUGCAGCUCCUGGAGACAUUACUCUACCACAUACAUCUCAGCCUGUUCUCCGGACGGCUGCAAAAUGCUCUGGCUCUUUUGCAGAAUGCUUUAAAGUCACCCGACAAGAAAAGCAUUGGCGAUUACCUCACCCCACAGGAUCGCUGCUUAGCAUGGCUUUCCUACAUUCACCUCAUGGAGUUUAGCUGUCUACCUGCUACAUUCUACGAUCCAUCUCACAGCAACCCCUCCAGAAUGGUUAACAAGGAACCAUUUUUAAUACCUUGGACAACUCCCCAAAGUAUUAUCACUGAACCAGCUAUGCUGCUUGCGGUGUUUGAAGCUGCUGUAUCUUCAUGUUCAGAUGAAAACUUGACUACCAAGCAGAGAAUUGAAGUUUGUCUACCACUAUAUAAAAAUAUGAUUGCGUUGCAUCUUCUUAUAAACAGUCCCGAUGCAGCAUUGAAUCUCUGCAAAGAAUUGCUGGAAUUUUCUGGUGAUAACUGUGAAAUCCUAGACUUGCUGUGUUCAGUGUAUGUGAAGAUGGGCCAGUCUCAGAGUGGGAUCGACGUUUGGCUUCCUGCAUUCAAGAAUAGUCCAGGAAACGCACAGGUUUUUUAUCAUGGCUGCAAGUUCCUUGUUGCACAGGGUCAUUCUGGUCUCAUUCCCUCCCUAAUGCUGCAGUUUGUACAAUCAUUUUGUAAUGACACGGAUAUCAAGCAGGAGAAGCGUAAUCCUGCAGAAAUUCUGAGUUCUCUUUUGAAUUUCACAAAUCCAUUGAACUCUCAGACACCAGCUUGUAAGCCAGAGGAAUCAGUUGACAUUUCAGCUAUGCAAAAACCAUACCUGUGGCUUGUAUUCUGUCUAUGGAAGACCCUUCUUCCAGGGAACGCUGGUGCAGAAAAUGUGUAUGAAACAGCACUGGGGUCUGUAAUGCAGCAGGAUGUACUUGAGAAACUUUGGAUGGAUUAUCUUGUCUUUACUAACAGAAAGAUUGACACAUCCAAAAAUAAAGCUCAAGACAGCAAACAUUUUACAGACCUCGUUAACAGAUGUCUGAUGACUGUUCCUACACGAUUUCCCACCCCUUUUAGCACAGCCGAUUACUGGACCAACUAUGAGUUUCACAAUAAGGUCAUAUACUUUUAUUUAAGUUGUGUUCCAAAGGCACAACAUUCCAAAAUAUUGGAACGCUUUUCUUCCAUGAUGCCUUCAAAUCUUGGCCUUGCACUCAGGGUACUUAAACAAGAGAUGGAGGAGAACAGUAUUGAAAUUGUGAAAAUGCAAUCCAAGAUGUUUACAUAUAUCUUCCCAAUGUGCCUGCCCAUCUGGAAAAUAGCCAUCGCUGUGGAAUCCUUCAUAAAGGGACAGAAAGAGGUCCAUCAGCUGUAUCAAAGAGCCCUUCAGACGUUUCCUCUGUGUGCUACUCUCUGGAAAGAUCAACUCUUGUUUGACGCAUCAGAAGGAGGUAAAAGUGAUAACCUGAGAAAACUAGUUUCCAAGUGCCAAGAGGUUGGAGUCAGCCUAGAUGAGCUCUUAAAUUUAAACACAGAAAGCAAGAAUCGCUGAACACUGGGUGCAGUCAGGCCAAUGUCCAAUUCUUAAUUGCCAAAAACAUCAAGAUUAGUUUGGUACCUUUAAAUCUGUGUGAGGCAGACCUCUCCUGAUUCAACAAUGCUUUCUGUUACCCGGUGGUCAUAUAUACUGCUUUUCGCAGACUGGAGAAGAGAAUUCCAAACUCUAGCCUGCUUCCAGGCUCGGCAAGGUUCUCUUUACAUCAUGUACGUAAGUAUAGUACAUCACAGUGACUGCUGUUUUAUUGUUUGUCUGUCUGUGUUUAUUUUCUUCCCUACCCCCUAUCCAUUUAUUUUGCAAUCCCCAUUUGUUGUGCUGUUUUCUAACUUGCUUGACUCUCUCACUGAUGCCUGUGAGACCCUAAGUAUGGGAUUAGCAAAUGAUGCUGUUGCUUAUGACCCAUAAGCAACCUACAUCUAAUACAAAUUCUUCUAAAUUUGGUAAUUUAAAAUGGAGAGUGGGAGGGCUAUGAUUCUUGUUGAAGUUAAAGCAAAAGCAGCGGGUCGUUACAAAAAAAAUAUAGCUGUCGGGGCCGUCAGUCUGCUAACUGCACUUGAGGGAUAUAUAUAAUAUAUAUCUAUAUUUUUUUUUUAUAUAUAUAUACGUAUUGUUUUGUUUGUUUCACAUUUCUGCAUUCUGGACUCUAAGCAGAGACUGUUAAACUUGAAGAAAAAAAAAAAUCUCUAUUACAAAUGCCAGUGCAUCAGAACCGAAGAGUGGUCAAUUACUAUGUGCAAUUUUUUUCUUUGUGAAGACAUUUAAUUUAUAAUAAAGUUUAACAGUUUAAAGUACAGAA